UGGUCUCUUUCUUACAUACGCACAUGACACAACACUCUCUCUCUCCUUGUUAUGUUCCCUCCUCCUAGAAUAUAAAUUCACGAGAGAAACACGAAAAUCUUUCGAUUCCGGCGAGAAAAAAACUUGGACGGUGAAAUUGGAAGGUUUUCCGGGAUCCCAAGGCCGAAUCUUGGUUCAAUUUACGAAAAGAGAAGAGAGAGGAACAACAACACCCGUUGUUGAAUCUUCAAGCUGAAUCAAAUCAUAUAGAGAGAGAAAGAGAGAGACCCGGAUAGGAAAAUAGCGUUUAGAGAGAGAAAGGUGAAGUGAGGUUGUUUAAAGUUUGGGUCUUGGUGGGUGAAAGGGAAAGAUGACGGAUGUGGUACUGCAUAUAUACGAUGUGACGAAUAGUGGAUCCGAGAAAACCAACAACACCAUUGUUCAGAUCAACAAGAUCUUCAAGGAUGGGAUUGGUCUUGGUGGCAUUUUCCACAGCGCCGUGCAGGUUUUUGGAGAUGAUGAAUGGUCAUUUGGGUUCUGUGAGCAAGGUACUGGGGUUUUUAGUUGCCCUUCUGGAAAGAAUCCAAUGUAUACAUAUCGUGAAUCCAUUGUUUUAGGGAAAACAAACUGUUCCAUUUUCAAGGUAAAUCAAAUACUAAGAGAACUCAGUAGAGAGUGGCCAGGGAGUUCAUAUGAUCUGCUGUCCAAAAACUGCAAUCACUUUUGUGAUGAAUUCUGUGAAAGGCUUGGUGUACCAAAACUUCCAGGCUGGGUGAAUAGGUUUGCCAAUGCUGGUGAUACUGCCAUGGAAGUGGCUGGAAAUACAGCAUUACGGUUCCGGCAAGCUAAAACUGAGAUUGUAUCAGCAAGCAAAGUAGCAUACCGGUUCCUCUUAGGAGUUACCAAUAAUGUUACUAAUAAUGUUAAAAAUGGUCCAGAGUCCCCUGACAAUUCAAACAGAGGAGGGUCCCCUAGACUUCAAGCAUCUUGGUUGAAAAAUAUUGUUACUAAUGGUGCAAAACCGUCUACUAGUUCAGAAGCUGAGAAUCAGAACGGAGUUAUGCCUCUACCGCCAACACGAGAUGACAAGGCAUUGCUACAUAGUUAAUCUUCACAUGAUAGUUGAGGGAUCUUUGUCAAAUCUUAGUCAUGCUGUGUAUUGUAAUUUUAAGUCACAAAAAGUAUAACGGAAUUUUACAUGCUAUUCAUUUGUGUAUCAAAUGUAUAAUUUUUCGUUUGUUCAACUCAAAUCUUAUUGGUGCCUCGUGAGACUAUGUUCUUUGAAAGGUAAUUGUACUGUUUUUCUCUUUUCUUGUCUGAA